GUUAGUGCAGACUUUCGUCUGCAUCCUCUCAGCGCUCGCAUCCACGUCUGUGGCCUUGGUCCCCAGGAAACACCACCACCGGCUCCUUGCUGGGCUGCUGCUGUGGCUUAGUGUCUUCUUCCUACUGCUGCCCACAGCCAGCGGGUCCCUUCCGACUCUGAUGGCUACAUUUGGUGCCAUGGUCUGGCCAAGGCCCUGGAUCUCACAGAUGACAUCUCUCCUGGUUGCAGAUCUCUAUGAGGACCCAAGUCACGGGAGUGCGUCACAGAGCUUCAACAAAGGCGGGUUUGCAGCUGGCUGUGUGGUGAUCGUCCUGUUGGAGAAGCUCUCCUCAAGUACUUGCGGCACAGAAGUUACAUUCUAUGCUGCUGCCGCCUCCACCGCAUUAUCUGCACUUCUCCUCAUAUGUGUGGGAGAACCGAAGCCCCAGCAACAGGCACGCCAUGCAGGACAGCAACACCCUGCAAGGUGUCUGGUGCUGAAGUGCUGCAUGUUGUACGGCCUAUCCAUGGGCCUUGAGGCUACCGUAGGAUUCUGGCUGAUCACAGUGAUGACCCGGACGGGCUUCGACUCUGCUGCAGCUAGUGCCUGUAACGUGGCCUUCUAUAUGCUUUUCGCCGUCAGCCGUUUGGUCUUCACGCCUUGCCUUUGCCAUCGCCUUCGCCCGCGACCGGCAACUGUGAUACUGGGAGGGGCCUUUGUUACUUUACUUUGUUGCGUUCCAGCUGCGCUUUGGCCACGCUGGCUGCCUGCAGUGUUGUUGGCUGUAGCUGGCAUACCGCUGGGUCUUGGGCCGGUGCAGCCGAUGACAGUCAGCUUGCUCAAGGAUCAGGGGGAGAUGACGAACGUCCACACUGGCAUGCUGUCUAUUUCCUGCACGGUAGGCUCUGGUGCCGGGCCCUUCCUGAUGAGUGAAGUGCUUCAGGCUUUUGGUCUUGAGACCUUCUUCCGAGCAUUCACGGCAACCUUGGGGCUGCUCUUGCUACUGCCAUUCCUGAUGCUUAGCUGUGAGAAUUCGGGCAUCCGGGGGCUCUGCUAG